UGUGUAUUCAGGUCACCAGUCCAUCUUGAUUCCUCCUGUGGAGUUGGAAAACAACCUUUUUCUCUGGCUUGCCACUGUCAACCAGUAUAAAAUAAGAGAUACCUUCUGCUCCUAUUCAGUGAUGGAGCUUUGCACUAAAGGGCUGGGAAACCAAGUGGAGGUGCUAAAGACUAGAGGGAUCAACCUCUCCUGCAUCCGGACCUGUGUGGUAGUAGCAGAGGAACGACCCCGCAUCGCCCUGCAGCAGUCCUUCUCCAAGCUCUUAGACAUUGGUCUGUCUCCUCGGGCUGUCAGCACCACUUUCGGAUCAAGAGUCAAUGUAGCAAUAUGUUUACAGGGUUCAUCUUGUGGAACGGGCGCCCCCCACAGUCUGCUGCUCUCAGAGUCUGGAAAGAUCUUACCUGGAGUGAAAGUAGUUAUUGUUAAUCCUGAGACCAAAGGGCCUGUUGGAGACUCUCACCUGGGUGAGAUCUGGGUGAACAGUCCCCACACAGCCAGUGGCUACUACACCAUCUAUGAUAGUGAGAGUCUUCAAGCUGAUCAUUUCAACACUCGGCUCAGUUUCGGGGAUGCCGCGCAAACACUUUGGGCCCGUACAGGAUACCUUGGGUUUGUCCGCAGGACUGAGCUCACAGCAGCCACUGGAGAACGCCAUGACGCCUUGUAUGUGGUGGGAGCUCUUGAUGAAACACUGGAGCUGAGAGGAUUGCGAUACCAUCCGAUUGAUAUUGAGACCUCGGUGUCUCGGGUCCAUAGGAGCAUUGCUGAAUGUGCCGUGUUCACGUGGACCAACUUGCUGGUGGUAGUUGUGGAACUGUGCGGCUCUGAACAGGAAGCCCUGGACCUGGUUCCUCUAGUGACCAAUGUGGUCUUAGAAGAGCAUUAUCUCAUCGUUGGUGUGGUGGUUGUGGUGGACCCAGGGGUCAUCCCGAUCAACUCCAGAGGAGAGAAGCAGAGGAUGCACCUCCGUGACAGCUUCCUUGCUGACCAGUUAGACCCCAUCUAUGUGGCUUAUAACAUGUAGCCAGCCUUGUGGGGGCCACAGAGGCCAUCCUAAGGGCCACAGAGACUGAAGACCCGUGGCUAGGAUCCAGCUUUCAGCUGGUGUGAAGUAAGCCAAGGUGGCUAUGGUAUAGCCUUCAUCUCAUCCUGUGGAAUUCUGCAGUCAUACAACACCAAGGAAAGGGGAAAUUCUGUGCAACAGCACGUUACUAAAGCAGUUACUUGCAUGUUGCAUUUUCUUCAUCUGGUGUACAUACUUGUAUUUUUACCUGUUUUAGAAUUUUAUAAGGGAGUUUAACAAAUUCACAUGAGGGGGUAGUCCACAGUUCCCCACUCUGUACUGUAUUUUGCCAUUUUCCUGUAGCUAGGUGUUCUGCAGGGCUUGUUAACAUGAAACUACUCAGCUUGAGUCAGCCCAUAAGCCAAUCAAGUAACCCACUGAAUAUGAGAAUUGCUUUAUAUAUCUAAUUUUUGAUUAUACAGCAUUUGACCGGUGUUUUAAACAUGUAAAUAAGAAUGCACAUAAUUCAACUAAAUCAUUGAAGAAUCGGCUUGUAUCAUAACAACCACCGAAGCAGAACUGCGUCUACUUGGAGCGGAUUCCACUGUAGUAACUGAGUAGGUAACCGAAGGUGCAGCUCCUUUGCAGCUCUCACUGCUCAUCCUUUUGUCUGUUGGCUGGUGUACUUUACAAACUAAAGCUGCCUGUUUUUAAACCUUGCAUUUCUGGAAUUAGCUUAAGCUUCUAAGGAUGCAACACAUUCCUCUGAGCUGAAAAAUCAAAAUUUUGAUUCCUCAGACCCUAGCCUAUUCUAAAGAACCACAAUAGCUCACUUGGGCCCCAGUGCAGACACUGUCUUUCACGUUUAGUGUGACUGUGGAAUUUAAAAUUUCCUCUCUUUCUGAACUCUUUGUCAGCUCUUGUCUGCCAUUUACACACAGAUCUUCUCCCUCAUCCCCAAAACUGAGGAGUGGGACUCUGUCCUCAAAGUCUGUGAGGGCAGGAAGUUUAAAGCAAGAAUGUUGGGCUGGGAAGGCAGUGGGUCAGCCAGCACAUGGAACUGUGAGCCACAUAUGCAAAACCUUAACCCCUGAGUGGUUUAGGUUGCCAGAACAGCCAGGUUUGUGCUGAAACAGGGAAGUCCGUAUGCAAGAAACUCUGAAAUAACAGGUGCCCAAGCCAGGCUCAGUGUAGGACUGAGUUUGGCCUCUGGCUCAGUUUCCUUUCAUUGGUCUGAUACUUCAUAUAUUUGAAUAUAGUUAAAUUUUAUUAUUUUUUUCUUAAAGAAAUAUUUUUAAAAAUUAAAGAAAACCUCAAAAGUGAAAAGAAUUAGCCUGUUAAAUCAGAAUGGUUCUCUUUGACCCAUUCUGGUCUAUUAUGUAAAUAUUUAUUUUGAUAAUGCAUAUUAUUUACCCCACUGUAACAUCAUGUAAACUAAAUGUGUUUUUAAGCAAUUUUUAAGACUUGUAAUUACCCUGAAAAUAAGGUUUAUAAAGCAAAGACCAGACUCUUGACCUGGCAGCACUAAUGGGCUGCCUUCCCAGUCUCCCACUCACAGACACUAUGACCCCUUUUACAUAGUCCUCUUCUUCCUAACUCAUUCUCCACAGAGGGAAGACCACUGCACUUCCAGAUUCAGAUCUCUGACAUUUUGGAUAGGAUUAACUAAGGUGAUGAAGUGCUAGGGUAUACAGGAAGGUAAUGCUUCUGUUGGGUAGUGUGAAAUCUCAGGCUAGCAAUGGACUGAUUUACAAAGAAAACAGCCUCUUAUUUGGGAAGUAGUUCUUUAAAGCUAUUUGCUUUGCUUUGUUCUUUAGUUUCUAAGACAGGAUCUUGCCACAUAGCCCAGGCUGGCCUUCAAUUUGUAAUCCUUCCUCCCCAGUGCGGGAUUACAGGCCAACACUACACACUUGGCUCUUAAGGCAGUUUUUAAUGAUUCACUUUCUAAAGCAGGGUAGCCUGGAUAUUAAAAAGUUCCAUGCCAGUAACCCCCAAGUUCCAAGAAAGUACAUAGACUGAUUCUAUGAGUUUAUUGAAAAUUCUUAUGAAUACAACUUUAAAGUGUCACCAUCUAGGGAAAGAUUGUCUGCAAUAAUGUAACUCGAGCCACAUUUGUAAUUUAAACUUUCUAAUAACCACUUUUUCUUUUUUUUUUGGAGACGGUCUCACUGUGUAGCCCUGGCAGGCCUGGAGAUUGACAUAUAGCCCUGACUAGCCUGGAACUCACAGAUAUCUACCUACUUCUGCCUCCUGAGUGCUGGGGUUAAAGGCGUACACCACCAUGACCAGCUAACCACAUUUUUAAAAGUUUAAAAAAAAAUGCAUGUGGUAAUGAUUUUAAUGUAUUUACCCAAAAUACUAUUAUUUUGGUAUGAAUAAUUUAGUUAUUGAGAUAUUUUCCAUUCUUUUUAAAAAUCAAUCUUUGAAAUCCCAUGUGUAUUAAACACAUUUUAGUUCGUACUAGCCACAUUUCAAGUCUUCAGCAGCCAGGUGUGGCUAGAGGCUAUACUGGCCUAUAUUCAGUCCUCCAAGUGCAGUCCAGUACUUUGUUCAUCUCAGUGUGGCUAGCCCCUAGUUACUUGGGGGAUAAUUACCUAGUUUAUCAUUCCUCAGUCAUCUUUUUUUUUUUUUUUUAACAGUACUCUCAGGGCAUUGGCCUUGCAUGUACUAAGCAGGCCUUCUGCCACUAAGCUCAUCCCCAGCCCUUGGUUUUUUUGUUGUAAUGUAGCCCAGGAUGGCCUGGAACCCCCAAUCUUUCUUCCUCUGGGUCCUGAGUUCUGGGAUUGUAGGCAUGCUUCUCCAUGCCUGGCCUCAGGUCCCCCUUUUUUUUUUCCUUUCUGACUGUGACUACCUUAUUUUUAUUUUGGUGUUGCUUUGUUUUGUUUUAUUUUUGGCCCAUCCCCCAAAGCUAGACUGUGUUAAUAGAGGAACAGAAGUUGAGAGCUGCCCUUGAGCUGUCCUUGUAAGUCCUCCUCAGGAACUGGGAAGACCCUGAAGGGAGAGGAAUAUCUACCUCACACCUCCCGGAUGGGGUUUGUGGGGUCAGCUGAACAUUUAAGGUCUAUGUCAGACUUGAGCUUUUAAAACAACAACAACAAAAACAUUUCUCUUGAUGACAAAAUGUUCUUGCCCUUUCCACAUUCGGUAGAAACUGUGGUAGAGCUGACUCUGAAGGCAAAACUCCAAGUCAGUUAUUCACGGAACAGAAAAGGCCCACAGCCCUUCCAAUCCUAGAACACUGUCUGAGGAGAGGCACUAAACCAAGAGCAAGCCCCAAUUUCAAUUACAAGAUUAAAACAAAACAAAAUGCCCUUUUUUUUUUGAGAUGGGGUUUUGCUAUGUGUAUGUAGCCUAGGCUGGCUCACCUGACAAGCAGUAACUGAGGUGGUUCAGGAAGGGGCUGCAUGAGGAAAGUUCUAGGCCCUAGGGAUUCUUGGAGCUGCACCACGCGUCUUUUGCUCUGGAGCCCUUAGAAUGCCCAUCCUGCUUCAGCAGACGUGCAGUCUUUAACUCCUGUGCACAGAGCCCCCGGUUCUCCCCAGUACCAAGUCCUUUCCUCCUGCAGUUGUGUUGCAGCUGCUUAGGGACCUUGGUUUGUCUCCUCACUUUAGUCCAUGGUAGUGCUUGUUUAAUGCUUUCCUUGAAUCAACAAAGGGCCUGAGGCCUUAGGCUUGUGUUAAGGUCUCUGCCCCAGGCAUGGUGCUCAAUAUCUUGGCCAAAUAAGUUACUUUCCUGGACUAUCCAGGAAUCUUUUAAACUAAAGCAAUGAGGAGUUACUACCUUACCCUCAAACGCUGACAUAAUCUAUGCCUUAGUGUUGUUUUUGUUGUCUGCUUGAUGUAAAAGCAAGAAUAUUUGGAGCAAGAAGCUGCAAUACUCCAAACUCAAACGCCUUUAUCAUUCGUACAUUUCUGGUUUAGGUCUGUGUAGAUGGGCCAUGUGAUUUGUCCAGAGGAAGAGACUGUAAAGAGAUAUGAAUAAGUUUUUUAGUCCUAAAUGCUGUGUUGUUUACUUUGUCAAGAUGAUAAUUACCCCUGUCAAAUUCAAACUAUAGUACUGUGUAAUUAUGUAUAAAGUCUUUUAUUUAUUUGAAAUUAGAUUAGAUAUACAUUUUUAAAUUUAACAUCUGGCUGGACAGUGUUCUAUUAACUCAUUGAAUGUGUUUCCUUUGUCUUGUGUUAAUAAAUAUUGAUGCUUGAUUGUA